AUGUAUAAAUUAUUAGCCAUUCUUAUUUGCUUAAUUAACAAUUAUAAAUGUUAUAAAAUCAAAAAUUGGAAAAAUUAUUGUGAACCUUUUCAUUUAAAUUAUUUAGUUAAAAAAAGUAAAGUUUCUUAUAAAAGUAAUAAAUUCACUAAUUCUUUUUUUUCAUUAAGGAAUAAUGUAAGAGAAGAAAAUGAAUCUAAUAUUUAUGACAAGUCAUAUGUUUAUCAUACACCUGUUUUACUGAGUGAAGUAAUCCAAUAUAUAAAUAACAAAGAAGAAUGUAACAAAUUAAAUGAAUGUAUUAAUAAUUCUGAUAAAAUUGAGUUAAAGUUAAAUUCAAGUCCUUCAAAUAAAAAUAUAACUAAUUUAAAUAUAAACAAACGAUGUAUUGAUAAAGAAAAAUGUUUUUUAUAUGAAAGCAAAGAUUUAAAAGGAAUGGAAAAGAAAAAUUUAAGAAAUUACGAUUCGAUAAAAUCAUUUCAUAUAAGUAAAGAACAAAAAAACACAAAUGGUGGAGAAGAAAAUAACUAUUAUAUUGAUGCAACUCUGGGAGGAGGUGGCCAUACUUUAGAAAUUUUAAAAAAAAUAGAAAAUUCGAAAGUUAUAGCGAUAGAUAAAGAUAUAGAAUCAAUUUAUUACAACAAAUUAAAAUUAAAAAAUUAUAUAGAUAAAAACAGACUAUUCCUUAUACAUGGUGAUUAUAGAAAUAUUUUGCAUUUGCUAAAUUAUAAUUCUUUACCAUUAUCAAAUUAUAGUGGAAUAUUAAUAGAUUUAGGAGUAUCAUCUCAUCAAUUAAAGAGUAUUAGACGGGGUUUUAGUUAUAAAUAUAACGGUAUUCUAGAUAUGAAUAUGAAUAAGUAUACGGAAGAAGAAUUUGUAAAUUCUUAUUUUUCUAACAAAAAUUAUAGUACUAUUUCAAAUAACAGUGACAAUAUAAAUAAUAAAAUACAUAACAUUUUAAACACAUAUAGCUUAAAAAAAUUAAAAUUUAUUAUAGAAACAUUUGGUGAAGAAAAAAAAGCUUUAAAAAUAGCAAAGAAAAUAGUUCAAUGGAGGAAAAAUAAUGGAAAGAUAGUUACAACAUAUGACUUGAAACAUAUUGUCCUUUUAACUUGUAAAAAAAAUUAUAAAUCAAAUAAUAAAGUUUUAUCAAGAGUUUUUCAAUCCUUUAGAAUUUAUAUUAAUGAUGAAUUAAAAGCUUUAAAGGAAUUCUUAAUUUCUGCACAUAAAAUAUUAAAACCAACAAAAAGGUUAAUAACUAUAUCAUAUCAUUCAUUGGAACAUAUGUGUAUUGAAAAAUUUGUUGAAAGAAAAAAGAAGCUAUGGAUAAAAAUUAAUAAGAAUGCCAUAACUCCUAGCGAAAAUGAAAUAAAGUUAAACAAUUCUUCUAGAUCUGCAAAAAUGUUUGUUUUUGAAAAAAGGAAGUAUUGA